AUGAGGCCUGGCACUGGUAAUCCAAACAAAUGGUACAGAAAAUUUCGGUCUUCUUCUUCGGUCAGAAAAUUCUCGGUAAGAAUUGGAAAAAGGUAAUACCUCGAAAGGUAUUCCUUUUUUCCGGAAAAUUUUCCUCCGGGACGAAUCGUUUCAUUUGAAUUCUCCCCGGAAUUUCCGGGUUUUCUAUACAAAUGGUAAGCGCUCAAUGUAGAUAGAAUUGCUUGCCUUCAGGUGAGGAUUAGGGCUAGGGGACACUUUGUGAUGUCUAACGUAAGGAUUAUUAGCGGAGCUCCGCGUGCGCGAGCGUAGCCCCAUACCUAACAAAAUGUGGUAAUCUACCGAUCCGAGAAAUUUUGGUUAUCACGUGACCGUACGCCCAUCCGCCCCCCCCGUCCGUACGAACCACAGGCAUACCAAUGUAAAAUAAUUCAAUCAACAGGUAUGGCAACCCAAAUGCAACUCGAGGUUAUAGCAUAGUUACCCGCGUCUUGUGAAGCAGGGAUCGGACAACUUAAGUCAAUAAAGACGAAAACGGAAAGCAGAAAUUUUUUCUGUAUCCGUUUUGCCUAAAGUAUUAAGCUUAGAUGAUUAAUUGUCAUGUCUACAAAUUUGGAAUACAGAAAAAGAGAAAGACAGAGCCGGAAAAGGGAAGGUAGGCGACAGGCCACCGAAGCUCAACGAGAAAAGGAGCGACGGAGAGCUAGAGCUAGAAAGCGACGGACAGCUACAGCUAGAGAUAAAAACAAAGGAGGCACUUUUUGUUGGAAGAACAACAUGAAAAUUUUGUAGCGGCGGGGAGAAAAUGAGAAAAGCUAGCGGCCACCAAGGUGAAAAUGAGCGGCAGUGAAAAAAAAAAAAGUGAACAAGAACACGUACGACAUUUCCUCCAUAAAACGUGUGACUAGAAAGUUUCUAGGAAGUUUCACAAUGAAGUCGUGCAAAGCAACGGCAAAGAAAUUUACAAAAUAAGUGUGCUGCACGUGCAAAGUUGCUGUUUUGCUAAUUAGACAUAUUGUUGUUUUUUCACCGUUCUCGUUGCCUUCGGCUCUUUAACAUUACACGAUUAUACAUGUUGUUUGAGCAAACUAUAAAUAUUAUCGAGAGCUUGCCUUUUAGCACUGGCUAAAUCUAUGUAUUUGGACAUAUCCGUAAUAGUGGGGGUUCGUUUUAUAGAGGUUUGCUCGGUAUUUCUCGGCUGCUGUCCCUAUUGGCGGGUUGUUCGUAACAGCCAGGCGACCUCAACCUUAAAGUUCGCGCUGGGAAUGUAAAACAGUCUGGAAUUCCGGAUUCAAGGUACUGGAUUCUGAAUUCUUAGUCAGUGGAAUUUGGACUCUGGAUUCCAAUCGUCAGUGGAUUCUUGGUUCCUUGAGCUGUAUCCCGGAUUCCAAAGCCCAGGGUACCGGCUUCCACAGCAAAAAAAAUUGCCGGAUUCCGGAGUCCACAAGCAAAUAUUUCCCGCAUUCCGAAAUCCGGCCGAAUUCCCUUACACGGAGCGAGAGAGUUGACUGUAGAACGUCAAUUUGUGGUACUGUUGGAUAUUGCAUUCCGUCCCUUGUAAGUUGCCGUAUUUAUUCGAUUAGCCGCCCUGGGCGCUUGUUAAAUUUUUGGACCUUUAGAGUGGGCGCUUAUUCGAGAUGGGCGCUUCUUCGAGGCUGGGCGCUUCUUCGAGGCUGUGCGCUUAUUAAAUUCUCACCAUUUUCAGCAAGUGUACUAGAAUGUUUAUUUUGCAACAAAACAAUAAAUGGUAAUAACAAAACGCGAAGAUGUAACAAAGCAAGGUCUCUAUAAACUACUCUGAAGAAAACUCCGUCUUCAGGGAAGUCUCUUAUUAGUACUUAUUCAAUUUCAAUUUCAAUCUCAUUGUCACUCAAGUGGGUGGGGUGGGGUGGGCGCUUAUUCGAGACUGGGUACUUAUUAACUUUUUCUGCCUUUAGAUUGGGUGCUUAUUCGAGGUAGACACUAAUUCGAGGUUGGGCGCUUAUUCGAAUAAAUACGGAUUCCUUGUCAAUGGGACUUGGAUUCUCGAUUCCAUUCUUAAGUGGGAUUUAGAGUUCAUUGGGUUGAAUUCCCAGGAUUCUUGAUUUCAUGGGGCGAUGUUUGUUUUUGAUAUAUGACUUCUCAAACCGUCCGCAAUACUGAAUUCAUGAAGAGUAAACGAGGGAAAUCAUUACCGUGUCUGUGGUUUGGAUAUUGGAUCUUAUUUACCAUAAAAUGUAACGCAUUUUAGUAAAAUCCAACUAGUGGUCUAUUAUCAAUGCUGCUUUCUGAUUGGUUGAGCUGCCGGCUAGGCUAUAUGUUAUAGCCCACUAGUAGCGAAAAGCGCGGGCUUUUUGGCGGCAAAAAAGGAUUAAAGUCUAGCUUUAACUAGCUAAAGUUUUUUUAUUCUCGAUAUUUUUGACCAACUAAAACAAUUAUUCCUCUCGCCCUUAUGGCUUCUGAGUCAAUAGCCCAUUCGGCCUUCGGCCUCAUGGGCUAUUCACUCAGAGCCCAUUCGGGCUCGAGGAAUAAUUGUUAAUUAGGUUUUAGUAUCAACUCAAGAAUUAUUGUUCAUUUGAGAAGCUGUAUCGCAGGGGGCUGUCCUGUCCGAUUGUAACAAAUGAAUAAAGAUUUAACUUACUUUAUCGUCAUAUUACUUGGACGUGUUUCCUUUUUAUCGGCCAUUUUGAAUUUUGCAGUCAGCUAGAGCGAGAUCUGGGACCGAGAAAAUUAGGCGGACUGGGACAGUCGGAUAUUCCGAAAAUCCUCGGAACAUCCGAUUUCUUGCCGAAAUAAAACAUUCCACUCAGUGAUACAUCUGAUAUCUAGACACCUCGAAGUGGAUGUUGCCAAAAUGGGGAACAGGAAAAUAACACCCGGGCACAGGGAACAGGGAAAUGAAAAAUGGCAACAAAUCCUAAUUUAGCCCGUAGCUCUUCUAAUUCUCAUUCAUCCCAUCCCAUUUCCUGUUUUGUUCCCAUUUUUCAUUUUCUCGUUCCCCGUGCUCGUUCCCUGUUGCCUGUUUUAAUCAUUAACUUCUCAUCGACGUCGGAUUUUUUAAAACUUGGUCGAGCCAUUUUGUUCUUAAUCUGCUCUUCGGUGUCUGGAUAUCAUGAAUCACUUUGUGCAGAAUUAGUGCUGGAAAAAAUAGUCAAUGCUAGGCGACUACAGUCAACUCUGUCUUAGCGGACCCCUUUAUAAGACGGACACUACUACGGAUACAAAAAUCCUCGUUAGAUAGACUGACCUAGUAUCCUAUGAAUUAGUAAAGAGAAUUUGAAAAAAGAUCAAAGCGUUUUCCCUUGCGUGAUCAUUUAUCAAUUGUCAUAAUCUUUCUCUUGAUGAUGUUAGAUGAAAAUCUUUGGAGAAGGACUCUCUCUUUACGAGUUUUUUAAAAGUCAUUUGCUUUAACUUCAAAACACUUAUUGUAUCAAAACCCAGUUUUAUGUUAAGUCUUUUUAAAAGCCUCUUGCUUGAAACGCAAACUACUACUAAACAACAGUUCGAUCCUCCAGCAGCGAUGAAUGCUUCUGAUUAGUUUCCGUGAUCGAAGAACGAGAGAAUGUUAACAGUGACCACAGCUGGGUUUCUUUCUUUUUCGAUAACUACUUUGUUUAAUGGGGGAAAUGAUGUUGAUUUGAGAAGGAAAGAAAUUAAGGUAGAAAAGUUAGCUAGUUCACUAAUGAGCCCAGAGGCAAUUUGUUUUAGUGGUAGAUUAUCUGUUAAUUGUCUACUUAUUAUUCUCCACAUCUCUUAAUUAUAAACAAUCCUUAACCCUAAAUCCAACAUUUUUCAAUUAUCCUUAACUUAACUUUAAACAUCCCCCCAACUUUUAUUCAUAUAAACAAAAGUUCAAAAAAUCAUCUAAACCUUUAUAAUUAGAUACAUUUAUUGAACCGAUUAAUGGCAACGACCUUACUUAUGGGGAGCCAAUUUUUCUUAGAAGGAAAUCUUGGCUAGAUUUGAAAUAACACGACAGCGGAAAAAAAAACAGCGAAAAACAAAGCUUUUGACUAGAAUCCCCCUCUAAGAGGAAACAUUUAUACAAACCCGCGAAAAAUGGUGAUAAUAACGUCUGAUGAAACAGACACCACACAACAAACACAAAACAUUUAAACGCACUACAAAAUAGAAUCAUUGAUUUAUUCUUUUUGUGCAACUUUCUCUUAAAAAUACGAUGCACGCAAGUUCCUUUCGAUCUAAACUGUUUGCUUCUCUAAAGAGGUUCGUUCGAGCUUGUCCAGUUCAGUGUCAAUACUUGAUUCCAACCGUCUUAAACCUCCGACAAUGCCACUCGCCAACAUUUCUUCGCCUUCUCCCAGGUCAGUGAAUAACUUCCAUCUACUUUCCUAUCCAUGGCCUAAAACCUUUGAUUACACGAAACUUCCCAGGCAAACUUCAUGCAGUGAAACUGUUUCCAAAAUCAUGCUUUACGAUUGACUUAACUCAAAUGAAAUGAUACAUUAAAGGGGCUGUGUCAUGGCGGUACAGUUCAUUUUGUUUAAUUUUGCCAAUUACUCGCCCUCAAUCGCCAUGGAACUUAAACUAAGCAAAGAAACUACAUGUAAAUGACAAAAUCAGAGAUCCGAGAAAAACAAAUCUGUCUCCUGAGCAUUAUUUUUGAAGUUGCAAGCAGCAGGGAUCAAUUUUGAAAGACUGUUAGGCUGAACAGUUUUCAAAAACCCUAAUUUCAAUCCGUUUCAAUCUUCUUCAGUUUUGCCCAUCCGUGGCAUCGGUUGUUUCUGUUGUGUUAUUUUAACCUCCCUUUAAUGUUUUAAGCGGUUAUUUUUAUGUUUCGCCUAAUUUAACGGGCAUUUUGUAAUUUCCUAAUUUGGCUGAAUUUCAUGACACAGCUCCUUUAAUUAAGCUACAUUUUUACAAAGUUCGAGUAUGAGGGUCUCAAUGGGCCCAGGGGGGGGGGGGAUGUGCCGCGGGAUGGGGUCACAUUUUGACCACUGGACUGACUAUAAUGGGGUCGCAUUUUCAAUAGAGUUACUAGAAUGGGGUCGCACAUUUUCGGAUUUUUGGGGGUAAGACAGUUCUUCAUAUUUACGAUUAGCAAACGUACCAGAAUGUUUGUACUGUAGAUGAAAAGUAAAGUGUUCUUCAUUCAAUCUAAAAAAUGGGUCAAUUCGUAAAAAUAGAAAGUGACUAAGUUGGGAUAGCGAAAAUUACAUAUUUGCCCAAAAGUGACUAAGAUGGGGCUGGAGCUAAGAGGCCAGGUGCACAUACCCAGCAAAAAUUAACCUAAGUACUCUCCCCCGGGUUUCGAUAUAAACCCGUGAAAGGAUGAUGAUGAAAUUAUGAAUAUAUGAAAAUCAUAUAUGUGAACUGCGGGGUGAAGAAUUAUAUGCAAGUAGAUCAUCGCAGUUACAGACGCAACUUCAAGAUGCAGUCUAUAACUGCAAUGAUCUACUUUCAUAUAAUUUAACCGUCAGCCGUCGAAUUAAAAAGGUUAAAAAUGCAGAUUGACAUUAACCGCUGAAAAGUGUUAACACUUCUUAAAUCUCACCACAGGGCGCCCACACAAUCUGUUUGUGUAGCCGAUUGUUAUUUUAUAGUAAAUGUAUUGGAUUUACCGUUUGCUUCACCUAUAGCGAUAUAUCGCUAACUAUGUAUAUAAAUCAAUGAUAAAUAAACGUUGAAUUACCUUGCCUGUGGUAUAUAGUCGUCCUUUUGCCUCAAAAGCGGUUUUUCGAGCGAUUUUGAAUGAAUUUAAGUUUGCCGUUGACUGUUCCAUAUAAUAGAAGGACAAGGGAGGAAUCCUUGUUUUGAAAGGGUUCCAGCGCCGGAGCGAUUUUUCCCCCCAAAAUCGCAUCGCUCCGCUUUCAAACUUCGCAGCAUAGAGGUCAAAAGAUUCACGAUUCUUCUCGUACCUUCCAAUCGAAAAUCCAUCCAAACGGCCCGGAGCUAGCCCUCGAUGAAAAUCAAAAUCCCACAGUAUUCGAGCGACUGGAAUGCGUAGCAAGAUUCAUACGUGCCAGCUAGAAACCGUCCCGCUGAUUGCCUCUUUUUGAUUGGAUGUCGUUAAACAACAAACGCUUACAAGUCUUCUUCAUCAGUUAUUAUUUAACCAUUUGUUUAACGGCAUCCAAUAAAAAAAAGGCAGUCAGCGUGACGGUUUCUGGCUGGCACGUAUGGAUCUUGCUACGCAUUCCAGUCGCUCGAAUACUGUGGGAUUUUGAUUUUCUUCGAGGGCUAGCUCCGGGCCGUUUGGAUGGAUUUUCGAUUGGAAGGUACGAGAAGAAUCGUGAAUCUUUUGACCUUUAUGCUGCAAAGUUUGAAAGCGGAGCGAUGUGAUUUUGGGGGGAAAAAUCGCUCCGGCGCUGGAACCCUGUCAAAACAAGGAUUCCUCCCUCGUCCUUCUAUUACAUGGAACAGUCAACGGCGAACUCAAAUUCAUUCAAAAUCGCUCGAGAAACCGCUUUUGAGGCAAAAGGACGACCAUACACCACAGGUAAGGUAAUUCAACGUUUAUUUAUCAUUGAUUUAUAUACAUAGUUAGCGAUAUAUCGCUAUAGGUGAAGCAAACGGUAAAUCCAGUACAUUUACUAUAAAAUAACAAUCGGCUACACAAACAGAUUGUGUGGGCCCCUGUGCAGAUCGUCACGGACUUCUGGCUCUUGAAGAAUCUCUAAACCGGAAAAACCAGUUUCCAUGUUCUCAAAAACACUCUAGAUACUUUACACGGACCUUCACCUUGCUUAUAUCUCGAAAUAUUUCAAAAUUUUAUGUGUCCUACAAAAAUCAACAUUUAAUAUAAAUAUAAAUAGACCUUAAUAUUUACUUAAUCUCUUGGACUUUUAAAAGUUCUAACCAUCAAAAGCUCUAAAAUUUAACCGUCAACCGUCAAAAUUGGAAAUAAUUAACCAUUACAGGUAAUCAUCAAAGCUUCCACCCUACUGAGACCCUCAAGUAUCGCAUUAUCUCAUAAACGCCUAGCCCCAGAAAACGCCGGGUACCGUGAAGGGGAUCCGGAGAUUGCAAAAGAUCCCCUCAGACAUAUAUUUGUAAAUACAGUGGAAACUCCAUUCAGGGACAACUCCGGACCUAGGAAAGUGUCCCCUGAAUAGAGGUUGGACUAGGGUAAUAAUAAACUAAAAAAUUAAAAAUUUUUCUUUAUUCUACCUGGGAAUCUGCUGCAGUCAUUAUUUUAGGCAGCUACAAUGAAACAAAAAUAAACUGUUACUGAUGGGUCGACCGUACAGGAACAACUCACCCAUGUUGAAAAUCGCUAAUCUUUCUAUACUGCUUAAUCUCUCAAGGACUUUGGAACCAGAAAAGGAAAAGUGUAAUUUGUAUGGGCUUGCCUGGCGAGCGGAGUACUUACAAGACGACACUUACAAACAUCUGGUUGCCCUGAUCUGUAUCGAUAUUAUAGCAGCCCUGCCGACAAUUCUUCUAAAUGCGCUGGUCAUUUUUGCCGUGGCAACAAGGCACCGACUGCGAAACAACGGCACCAUACUUCUUGCUUGUCUGGCUGGGACGGAUCUGUUAACUGGCCUUAUUGUUCUACCAUUUUCUUUCUCGCUAGACUGGAAGCGACUUCUUGGUGUCGGGCCAUUCUGUUCGCCACAAAAGGCAUUGAUUGUGAUAAUCACUAUGGUAGCUUUUGCUUCGUUCAGUCAUCUGGUCGUGAUCAGCAUAGACCGCUAUAUAGCUAUAAAAUAUCCCUUGCGGUACCAGGAUAUUGUCACAGAGACACGGAUAAUAACAAGCGUUGUUCUCGCUUGGGGUUUCACGUUGUUGAUGACAAUCAAUGAACUUGCUCUGGCUCUAAUAGACAGUGAAACCAUCUACUCGAUAUAUUCGCAAGUGAACAUUUUGAUAGAAAUUGUUAUCAUGACUCUUUUCACAGCUGCUGUUUUAUGGUCUUACGGUUACAUUUACUCAGAGACACGACGACAAGUAAAGCGCCUCAAAGCCGAACAACUGCCUCAAGAAGAAAUCCAAAGAAUCAAGAAAGACAGAAAGGCAGCUACUACUCUGGCAAUCAUCCUAAUUGCUUUGGUAUUCACUUAUUUACCAGCAAUAAUAACUGGGAUACUGGCUACUCUUCCAGUUAGCACUGUGGUACCGCCGCGUUUAAGAGUCAUAAUUUGGAGCUGGGUGGCAAUUUCCAUCAUGUCAGGUUCCCUUGCUAACCCUAUAAUUUACUGUUGGCGUAUGAAGAAUCUACGACGCGCAUUUCUCGAGAUACUUCAUCUAAGAAAAGCUGAGAACACCAUGCCAGAAACAGAAAUUCAAGGAACUCAGCGAAAUCAAACUGGACCUAGAGGGAACCUGGCUUUCUCUUUGCCCGAAAAUGGGCAACCGGUUUUGUUAUCAUUUCGUCAGCUGCAAGUUGAAUACAUCCCUCGCAUUGACGAAGCCAACGAGAAUUAG